AUGGCUCUACCACCAAGAUAUGGAGGAUUAGGUAUUCCAGUUAUGAUGGACAUGGCAGAUCGAGAGUACAAAUUCUCCUGUAAAGCUACAAAACAUCUAAAAGAAGCCAUUCUCAAGCAGAAGCUUGAGUCAACACCACUGGCAAAGCUGAUGUUCCAACUAGCUGCUGAGAAAGGGGCAAGUGCUUUGUUAACAGCACUACCUUUAAAAGAGUAUGGAUAUCUGAUGAUCAAACAACAGUUCUCAGACGCAAUAGCGCUCAGAUAUAACCUGAACCUAAAGGAUUGCCCUAAAACAUCAAUGUACCAGUCCCAUGAAAAUGAGAAAAAACGGUGUUACAAUGCAAGGGUCCUGGAAGUAGAGAAAGGAAGCUUCAUGCCGUUAGUUUUCUCAACGUCUGGUGGAAUGGGUGGUGAAGCUGAAAGAUUAGUAAAGAAGCUGGCUAGUAAGAUGGAAUACCACACAGGGCAGAGCAUGACCAGAGCAUUGGUGAAUGGAUUGUCUCCACAAAUAGUUUUCCCUGGGUCAAAGCUCACCAUACGCGGUGACAACUUAGGAUAUGAUAUUGACGAUAUCAUAAAUCUGUGGAUAUGUGGAGAAGAUUGUAAACCUUUCAUUGAGUCUCGGUCAGACAUCAAGAUAGUUUGUUAUGUCGGCAAAAAUCCACGCAAGGAUGAUCCCUUUGUGGUAGUAGUUACCAAGUCAGGAGGUGAGGGUGAAUGUAACAUCAAACUGAACAUUACCGACAGAGCAGAUAGAAUCGCUCAUGAUGCAGAGGUGCCUCUCUGGAUGGAGGAGAAUAGUUACUUUCAGACUGAAGCUGUUAUCAGCCCACGAGACAGGAGUCUAUCUAACUCAAACCAGAAGAAUUUGUUUGGAGGUAGUGUUCCCUUUAAAUCGUCUGAAAGUACAAGUGAUAGUGAUCCUUCAUCAAGUUCAUUCGACCCUGUCAAGUAUCUUCUAAACAACCAUCGUGACGUCACGAUCUCUGACCUACAAACCGGAGUGAACUACCUGGAAGUGGAGUGUGGUACCCACACUAGUUCUGACAUCGAGUUUGUUAAAACACACAUUGAUGUGCUCCUUGCCUGCCAUGAUACUCUCCAAAAGGUAAACAAACUAAUAGACGAGGAAGAAGAAAACUCAACUGGAGGAAGUUUAACCGGCCCAUUGGAUACUGUGCUGAAUGAGUGCAAUAAAUGCGCUGAGCUUCUGUUCAGUAGUAUUCUCAACAAGAAGGAUAAAGCUGAUCGGAUCAGAAACGCACUCAAUGUCAUUGACAGAUUCAGAUUUUUGUUCGGACUACCAGACAGCAUAGACAGGAACAUAAACUCAAAAGCCUAUGACAUCGUGUUGAACGAUUACAAGAAAGCCAAAUCCCUCUUCGCCGAUACUCAGGUACAUGUAUUUCAACAAGUGAUGGAUGGAGUACACGGUAAGAUACGAGCUUUCAGUAGAGAGCUUCAGGACAGACUACUUGAACCCAGAUGUCCUUUAAACGAAAAGAAGCAGUUGUUGAAGUACUUGGUUGAGUUUGAGGGGUCACCUACGAGCGAUCCUGCUUGGGAAAGUCUACAGAAGCAACAGGAGAAAGUUAUCCAGUACCUAACUAAAUCUAAAAUGGAAUUCAAGGGGAAGCUGCUAGAGUUUGUGAAGAUAGAACAGAUAAAAGCGUCACGAGUCAGUCACAAGGAGAACAGUAUAUCUCCACUGUUCAAUCAGGUGAUAGAUGAGCUGUGUGAUACAGUAACACAAAGUCUACCUGACUACUGGUCGCUGUGUCAAGCUUACCUGGACGGUUCCUUGUUCCCGGAGGUUAAGAAAGCGCCCCUUGUUCAUCAGGACAGUGUUAUGUCCCCUCCCUCUACUCCUUAUAUUAUACCUGAGAGGCAGUCAGAUCACGAAGACGACAUCCACCGUCUUGUGGGGGAGGUGAUGGAACUGCUCAGCUCCAUUAUUAGGCAGUACUGUAUCACCAUGGAUUUCAAGUUCAACUCGGAGAAGGAUGUCGAGUACGCAGUUGAGAUGGUUUGUAAAGCCCAGCAGUUCUGGACGCCACCCACAGUCAAACGGAUAAAAAUGUGUGUGGAGAGACUGCUGGCUAUCAACAUUCCAUUACCUUCUGUCAUGUGUACUGUGGAACUGGUACAUGAUAUGCAGCGCCUCUGUGUCAAGUGUUUGUUCGAAAGUUCGGAAGUGAGCAUUCGGGAACUGCACAGCCGGGAAAAUUGGGAAAUUUCCCAAGAACGAGGUCACACCGCACUUCCUCUUCUGUUUCAGAACAUGGUUCUCUCUCUCCUCUCCACUGUUAAAGAGGUCAUGGAACCUAUAAGGUACAGAGAAAGUUUAACACAAGAUUCGGAUAUCAACAACUGCAUUCAAGAGAUGUUUUACAGCGUCGUCAUAUCUUUUGCGGACUGUUUGAAAGAUUUGACGGACAUUAUUGAGUCUGAGAGCAACGAGAAAGAUUCGGUGUCAAUAUCUCCGGAUAAGGCAGACCAAGCAAACGUUAAUACGACCAAAGAAGAGAGAUUAGUCCUUAUUUUAGGAAACUGCAGACACACCAUUCUCACAAUUAUACCGACCUUGUUGGAGACCUUUAAGUCUCACGGCUACAUCAGUGCUAACGAUGACACCAUUGAUAAUAAGAGUUUGGAGCGGUACAGCACUCUCGAACGAAGUAUCUUCGACAAAUAUGUGAACAGUAAGGACGCGUUCCUUUUCGGAGACAUUCUGCAGUUCCUGGAACCCAACUCCUUCCCCUGGGCGUAUUGUAACCCCCCUGUUUCUAUCAACAUAUUCGUUCAGGAGCUUGCAUUGAAAUUAGUAAUGGCUCAAGCAGAGUUGCACAACAUAGAAAAAGACCUGUUAAAGCGUAUUAUUGGUCAUCUCUUAGAGAACGUCACGGUCAAGGUUUGUGGAAUGAUAUCAAAAGUGGAACGUUUCUGUAAGAACGGAGCACUCCAGGGCAGGCUAGAUGUUUUGGCGUGUCUACUCCUCUUCAGAAACAAUAUGACCACCAAGUGUAGGUCUACUAUGGAGGACACUCUUAAUUCUAUUCCUACCACUGGCAUCUCAACGGAGGAUGAAGCCAUGUUGACGAUGUUACUGGACAAGUUUAAAGUAGAGAACAGUGUUCUGUUAUCCUGUUUGGAUUACUCGCCCGAAGGAGACAAACAAUUCAGUCCUGGGCACGGGUCAGGGGACAGCAUUGGGAGACGCAGAUCGCAAAAACGACUUGUCAAAACAAAAGCUAUCAGAUCCCCACCUGUUCAGUCCAAUAUCUGAUAUUUUAUAUAAUAUCUGAUAUUUUAUAUGAUCAAUUUGUUUAUCCCAGAACAUUUACAAUAAGGGCCAGAAUUUUCACGUAGGAUGGAUGCCCUGUGAAACAUUAUGGCAUGACUUUUAAGACAGCUGAGGACCGGUGCGGGAAGUUUUCCAGACGAAAUAGAGUGCUCUGGACUAUAACUAUUAUGAUUUAAUUCAUUUUAAUUCGGGCCCUUUUUAUUUAUAAGAUUUGUGCCCAAAGUUGGUUACGUUUUAUACUUGAUACUGAGCUGAAUUUUUCCGUGCCUCGUAUUUUUCUGCCAACCACAGAAAAUUUUCAAAAAUCGCUUGAUGCUAGAGAAGUAAAUUUUUAAAAUGUCCGCCAUAAUUAUAUGUCCAAUCAAAUAUAGCUAUAGUUUUAACACGUUUGUCUGGUAUAAGGUACUGUAACCUGUUCAGUGUUCGUGUGCGCAUCGGUCUAAAUUAGUGAACUUGAAUAGCACCGGUCAAACAUUGUAAAAGUUCCCUCACACAACGUCUUGACAUCAUGUCGAUCAACAAUAAAGUAUUGAGAAAAGUUGUUGUUUAUAUUUGUCCGGAUAAUGCGGUGACAUAUAUUAUUUGUUUUUGCGAAAACUCUCAAUUGUAAAAUUAUUUCAUUGAGUGAUUUCUAUUGUGGUAUAAGAGUAGAAACAUUUACUGAUUUCGUUUUCGUCAUUCUUUUAUUCUGUUAUUGUAAUAAUGUAAAUUGUAAUUAUGUUGUUAUCAUGUCCAAACGCGUUUAUCAGAAA